GUGUGAGUACAGAGAGAGAUUGAAGGGGCUGGGCCCGCACACGGUGGAGAAAUGGCGAGAAUGGUUAACGAGGACGGCUGUGGAGCGGAAACACAGAGCCCAGAGCCGCAGGGACCGGGUCGGGGUUCGGCUAGAUGGGGUCCACAACACGCCGGUGCACGAGAACUGGCCAAUUUAUACUCACCAGGCAAACGAUGUCAAGAAUGGAUAAGUGUCAUCCUCUGCUUCUCUCUCAUGGCCUUCAACUUCAUUCACCUACUUGCCAAUUUCAACCUUGGACAUUUGUGGUCCAUCGUGUUGAGCAUCGUUGCGGGAAUACUCACCGCAGACUUUGCGUCCGGACUUGUUCACUGGGGGGCUGAUACGUGGGGAUCGGUGGAUCUACCCAUCUUCGGAAAGGCCUUUAUACGACCAUUCAGAGAGCACCACAUUGACCCCACAGCCAUCACCCGUCACGAUUUCAUCGAGACCAAUGGUGACAACUGCAUGCUGACCAUAUUCCCUCUAGCAAACAUGGCCUUCAACUUCCUCACCCUCUCCCCUGCGGAGAUUUACCACAUCUACCCCUGGUAUUGCUACUUGUUUGCACUGGGCAUCUUUGUGACCCUCACCAACCAGAUUCACAAGUGGUCGCACACGUAUUUCGGCCUUCCUCGUUGGGUGGUGCUCCUACAGGACUGCCACAUCAUCCUGCCCCGCAAGCACCACCGCAUCCAUCACGUCUCCCCUCACGAGACGUACUUCUGCAUCACCACAGGUUGGCUGAACUACCCUCUGGAGAAGCUGGGUUUCUGGAGGUACCUGGAGGAUCUUAUCCAAGGCGUGACGGGAGAGAAGCCCAGAGCGGACGACCUGAAAUGGGCUCAAAAAGUCAAGUAAAGCUGCGGGCUAACUGCACCCUACCUCAGAAGAUGCUGGUUCAGUCCAGCUCAUCCCCUCUUUUGCCUCACUUAAACUGUAAUCCAUAGGAAGAAAAACUAACAAUUUCUGAUGCCAUAGCUUUAAGUCUUGCACAUUUUGUCUGUUUUUCAAGAGGAGGGCUCUGUUGAAUGAUUUUGUCUUUGUCAUUACUCACUCAUGGAGAUUUCAAAUUGCAAUAUAUCCUUUACUUUUUAUAUAUCAAUCACUCAUUUUGAGGUGAGGAGAAGGUUUGGUGAGGUAAAGAAUUUGCUUUUCCGACGAGAUUAAAAGAUUUCGACGUCAAAAAAUUCAAACAAUCCCAAAAAAGAAUACUUGAAAGAGUGAACACUUACUUUAUUUAUUAUUUGGAGAGUUGUUAAAUCUGAAUAUAUUUAGCACUGCUUUAUUUCCUCUAAAUCAGUCCCUGCAUCUCCACCUUUUCAAGGGUCUACUUGAUAAAAAAAUUGGAUUUAGGCCAUUGUAAGUCGGAGGGAUUUUUUUUGGAUGCUUUACCAAUGUUUAUAGCUAAAGAUCAAGUUUGUUAAUUACUGUUACAUUUGUUGACUUCUUGCACAUUUGGGUUCAGCUGCACAUUUUUUUGGGACUAUUAUAAAUUAACUUUUGAGUACUAACCAGUGCACAUUGUUGCACAACUUGCUACAAAUCAACAUGCAGCCAUAUUUAAUAGUUUAGCCAUGUCAAAUCUGAGACAAUGACUACAGUUACAGUGGAAGAGACGAUGCCACGGGGUUGCAAAACAACCGGUCUGACAGCUUAAAAAAAAUGUGUUUUUAAGACAGCAAACCAAAUAAUUUAGGUAAAAAAAACAAAUGCAUCAUUUUGCUGUCAGAUCCUCUGGCACAGCAUUUUCAUCUUUCCUCCAAGACGAGUAAUCUGAUCUGAAACAUCACAUUGAAAUGUGUGUGACUGUAGUCAUUGUUAGAAAACAUGGGCGAAUGCACGUAUCACACUGUUGUUCUGCUGAGUCAGUCUACUCGGUUGUCUUUUCGGAUGAUCACGCGUUGUCUCUGAAAGGCACUCCAGUUUUCUUAUAUUUGCCGGGUUUUGCAGGAAAGAGGCACGUGCAGUUUUAUCAAGCUGCCUUACUUACACGCCACACAUGCAGUACUUGUGUGUUGUGUCUUUUUUGUUGUUUUCGAAUCAUUUGCAGCACUUCUUUGUGUCGUUGCAACGUUUGUUCCGUCUCUCUGGGCUCUUGUGUCUCACUUAAUAACGUGCCAACUGUAUGUAACGUUGUUUUCACGCCAUACAUUUUGCUAGUCUUUUGUAUUGUGGGAAGGAAAGGUUAUUUUCAGAGCGUAACAUUCCCCGCCGGGAGUCGUGUUGCCACCGCGUAUCGUCUUGGUACACGUGACACAGAUUUGGUGAUGUUAUAAGGGCUUCGGUGAAGGCUGACGAUCCAGGAAUUCCUUUACCCCGUUAGAUGAGAUUAUGUAAUUAAUGGAUCGGUUGAGAGGUUUUUUAACAGUUUAGUCAGUCAUUUGUAAAUGUAUUGUACAGCUAAUAACUAUGCAGUUUAAUAAGAGGCCCUUAACUAUACGUCUUAACUCAUCCGAUUAGGUUAAAAUGCCUUUUCUUUUUCUAUUUGUUUACACACAUUUGCUAAACUGGAGCUAAAAAAAUAAAUAAAAAUUAGCUACUUAGUAGACUGCAUGACAAAAAUUACUUUGACAAAUUAAGAUGUCACUUAAACAGACGUAAGAAUGCGUGCGUGCAUGCAGCAUGUUGGCUUGUGCGAGCAAUAAACUUGGCGGGUCACCGGCUUUCCUUUUUUGUGUAAAGGACACACAGACUGUCGCUCUAGAUGAAAUUAAUCUGUGCUGCUUUCAAAAGAUGAUCCAGGUUGUUUUGAACCACCUAAACUUCAUUCCAAGGAAAUCAUGGCGAUGCUUUUUCAGGUUUAAAUAGAAGGAGCUAACCUUGCUGUUCAGUUGGGUUGACCCCUGGUUAAAGGCUGAGUUAUUAAGCUUCUGGUGUAGACAUUGAAAUGAUAGUUCAUUUGUAAGCCAAAAUUCUGUUUUUAUAUGAUGUAAUAUUCCAUUUUUUUUCAAUCCUUGAUACUUGAUUAUAUUAAAUGAUUCACCAUAUGUCAACAGCAGAAGUACACUGCAGCUUGUAGAGCUUUGUGAGAAGCAGUUUUGUGUGCGUUAGGUCGUGUAAUAUAUGCUGGUAAAUGGACGUUGAUAUGCGUCACUGCAUAUGAGUUUAAGGCCUGCGUUAGGGUUCAUUCAGACACGAUCAGGUCUAUCGAUCAGGAAAUAAUCGAUGCCUCUCAAACCAUCGGACACAAAUUAAACUUCUUUUUGUCACUAAUUUGCAGUAUAAAUGAAAUAAACAAAGCCAGAACACAACAGGUAGAGUGUCAUAGUUUAGUCCAUGAAUCCACCUGGAUAGCCUCAGUUUUAGAGACACUUCAGGCUAAAUGUGGAGAGGGUCGCCUGGUCUGAUUGUUGGAUCCGGCUUAACUUCUCCACCACAGGUCUCUUGGCGUUUAUUAACACUCCUGUAGCCUCCAAAGCCAAAGCGGACGACUUCCCCUCAAAUAAAUGGAAAAAAACCUUUUCCCGCCGCAGCACCAGAUCAUGUCUGAAUGUACCUUUCUAUGCCUGUAGUCAAAAUAUAGUUUGGGCAGCGCUAACAGCAGUCAGAAGACACAUUUGAACUUAUUUUCUAAAUAGGACUUUUGGCACUGGCUUUACUGGAUGUUUCUGCGCUAGGGUAAAUUGAAUUUUGCAAUAAUAUAACUGUAACAACAAUUUUAAGGACAUUUCGUGUUUUUUUUGGAAUACUACAGAUUAGGACUAAGGACAAUGGUUGGUUAAUGUUUGGAGAUUAAACUGACAACCUUUUAAAAAUAUGUGUUGAGCUGACGAGGAACCCGUACAACAAUAAUAAUCAUUAAGCUUGGAGACGGACUGGUUGCUGGUGUUGAUCUAACACAACUUAUUCUCCAGAUGAUCUCAGGAUUGUGGUUAGAGUGUUUAAUUUGUGGAAAAACAAACCCUCCAUCAGUGAAGUUAUAAGGUAGAUAAAAACUGUUUUAAAAUCAUUCAUUUCCAUCAGACUGUGUUGGCCAAAGAAGCCGAAUGAUUUUUACACGUGUCAUAGGUUCAAUCGUAGCCAUACUGUAUAUCAGUACAGAUAACUCGGCCUCCUGUUAUCGCGGUAGAAUUUGUGAUUAAAGCUGUGUUUCGGUUUUUCUGCUUAGAGUUAACAGGGCUUUCAUAAGUGGAUUUGAAGGGUAUUUUGUGACGAUUUGUGUGGUAAACUAAAUAUUUUUCCCACUGAAAACAUUUUUUGUGAAAGCAAAUGGCUAAGUGGUGUGGGCAAUUGUUGUUGGUAUGUUUUGACAUGCUGUGUUGAAAUCACUUUUGUAAUGAUCCGUGGACUUUUUAUUGAAUUGCCUUAUCCUCUCCCCCUAAUUGAUUUAUUGUAAAUCUAGCCAGCGAUGUGGGAAAACAAUUUAUCGACUUGACUUUAAAUUGCCCUUCACUUGCCUCUCACUUCUUCUUCUUCUGAGGCAAAACCCAUGUGGAUGUUGUAGUUGGUUAUGUAUGCUGGUGGUGAUGGAGUUUUAGAUAUCAGAAUAAUGCCUUGAUGCCUUUUUGUUGUCUUCAAUUUGGGAGACUUACAAUGUGUAUAUAUUAAACUGUAUUUAUAAAUAAACUAAAUAAACGGUUGAUAAUUA